GCGUCUCAGAUCACACAACCAACAGGUUGUCUGUCGUCCCUCGUCCUCUUCCUCGCUCUACCUGCCCACGCCUCUGUCCUCGAUUCGCCUCCGUCUGCAUAUCCGCUGUCUCCUUUCGCUCGUGUUUCCAGCGUUCAAGAGACCGCCGUCCUUCCCCAACAGUCCGUUCAGCAGCUCGAGGGAUGCUGAAGGACUGCCCGCAGCACCAGUGGAUCAACCAGCGCUCGCACGAAACCCGCACGGCCUUUUCGCAAUCGGAAUAAGCCCCCAGCCCCCAUUUUGAGUACAAUUCCCCUUCAUUCCGGUGCCGGCAUGGCCUCCCACGGCUUCGAGGCUCUCGCUAGCGAGAAUCUCCGUCAAGUGCUGGAUUUUCUGCCUAUCCGAGAGCAAUUCGCUCUGCUGAGCAGCAACAAGGAACUGCUGAGUCGAGAGCCUCUAGCUCCUGCUGUGGUGUCCUAUUGCGGACAGUGCGAUGCGUGUCUGGACAAGACGGAGCAUCUUUGUGAUCAGAAAUUUAAGAACAAAACUAAGGACUUCUGGACGGCAAUGCUCAAAUAUUCGACUCCCUCGGGGCUCACGCAGUUGAGACUGGCCAGCUGUGAUAGCUUUGAUGCUUCGGUACUGAAAAGUGCCGGUGCCAAGUCGGCACUAGCGCCGUUGAAAGUGCUGGAGCUCAACAGAUGCACUACUAUGGACGCUGAAGCUCUUGGACUCCUUGCCGACAUGUGUGGCAAUCUGAGAGAGCUCAGAUUCCGAGACAUGGCAGUUGAUCGCACGGCAUUGAGGAAGUUGCUAACGAACAAUGCAACGUCGCUCCGAGUCGUGGAUUUGUUGGGUUGCCACACAGUUAAAGGCGAAGAUGUUCGUGAUAUUUCCCAGUGCACGCAGCUCCGAGACUUGAGUCUCUGGGGCUGCCACAAUGUGGACAAUGCGUCGAUUGUUUACGUGGUGCAACACUGCAGUCAACUGGAGAGACUGAACCUGCGUUAUGCUCACAAAGUGGAUGACAAGGUUGUGGCAGCAAUUGCUGUGCACUUACCGCAACUCAAGGACUUGAACCUCCGCUACUGCUACAAGAUAUCGGACAGAGGUGUCAAGACUCUGUGUGAUUCUCUAUCAGGGCUUCGUUCGCUGAACUUGUCGCAGUGUUCUCGUCUCACUGAUGCUGCCAUCAUGCAGGUGGCUACGUCCAUGACUCGCCUCAAGGAGCUUCGUCUCUGGGGCUGCACGAAGCUCACGUCAGACUCCGUCUUCUUCAUCUCGGAGGGUCUACCCGAACUCACACUGCUGGAUCUACGCAGUCGCGAUAAGCUCGAGGCUGUUAUUGGCGGGCCUACAGCACUCAAGUUCCUGAUCCAGACUUAUCGCAGCAAAUUGGCGAGAUGGGAACAAGCUCAAGGGGAGCAGACCGGCGUGUUCAAGCGCCACAAUGUGGUUGCUGCAGCCGCGUGAAAGUCUUGACUCGUUAUCGUCCCUCCAUGACGGUGUCUGCGCAGCUCUCUCUUCUUUCCCAUUCGCAUUUUUCAAGCUUCGAUGUUACAGAUCUGUUGUCAGUAUCUGUAUUUUUUUUUCUUUUUGCUUUUCUUUUAAAUUGACACUCGAGAGAAACGAUAACGAAAACGAAUGCAACAAUUUAAAAUCUAAAAA